AGCCUCGUCCGCCAUUGUGGGGAAGCGGAGCCCAGAGCAAGGGGGGGGAAGCGGCGCUGCGUCCGGCCGGCUCCUUCCAGCGGGAAACCGAUCGGCGGCGGCGGCGGCGGCAGCAGCGAACCCAGGCGGCAGCGGCGACAAUCAGGCGGCGGCGGCGGGGAGGAGGCGGCGGAGGCGAGCGAGCGGCCCCGGCGUGCGGAAUCACUCGAGGCCCAGGCGGAGCGGAGCGAGGGGAUCGCGGCUCCCCGUGAAGAAUGUCAGCCACCAGCGUCGACCAGAGACCUAAAGGACAGGGAAAUAAAGUUUCAGUACAAAACGGUUCGAUUCAUCAAAAGGAUGCAGUAAAUGAUGAUGAUUUUGAGCCAUAUCUAAGUAGUCAGACAAAUCAGAGUAACAGCUAUCCACCAAUGUCAGACCCAUACAUGCCUAGCUAUUAUGCUCCAUCCAUUGGAUUUCCAUACUCUUUAGGUGAAGCAGCAUGGUCAACUGCAGGUGACCCUCCAAUGCCAUAUUUGACAACUUAUGGACAGAUGAGCAAUGGUGAACACCAUUACAUACCUGAUGGUGUAUUUAGUCAACCUGGGGCAUUAGGAAAUACCCCUCCAUUUCUUGGGCAGCAUGGAUUUAAUUUUUUUCCUGGGAAUGCAGACUUCUCUACAUGGGGGACAAGUGGAUCUCAGGGACAAUCAACGCAAAGCUCUGCUUACAGCAGCAGCUAUGGCUAUCCACCUAGUUCUCUUGGGAGAGCCAUAGCAGAUGGACAGGCUGGAUUUGGCAGUGAUACUCUGAGCAAGGUGCCUGGGAUUAGCAGCAUUGAGCAAGGCAUGACUGGACUGAAAAUUGGUGGAGAUAUGACGGCUGCUGUAACAAAAACCGUAGGUUCAGCUCUGAGCAGUACAGGUAUGACAAGCAUUGCAGCUAACAGCGUGCCCCCAGUUAGCAGUUCAGCACCUAAACCAACCUCAUGGGCUGCAAUUGCAAGGAAACCUGCUAAACCUCAGCCGAAACUCAAGCCUAAAGGUAACGUGGGCAUUGGGGGCCCUGCUGUACCGCCGCCACCUAUAAAACACAACAUGAAUAUUGGAACUUGGGAUGACAAAGGGUCAGUGGUAAAAGCUCCCCCAGCUCAACCAGUACUGCCUCCUCAGACUAUAAUCCAGCAGCCUCAGCCAUUAAUUCAACCACCACCACUGGUGCAAAGCCAACUGCCUCAACAGCAGCCUCAGCCACAGCAACCACAACAGCAACAAGGACCUCAGCAGCAGGCCCAGCCUCACCAGUUGCAGCAGCAGCAGCUGCAAAACCGCUGGGUAGCUCCUCGUAAUAGGGGUGUGGGCUUCAGCCAGAACAAUGGAGCUGGUAGCGAGAACUUUGGUUUAGGUGUUGUGUCCGUCAGCUCCUCACCUUCUGGUGUGGAAGUGCACCCAGUGCUGGAGAAACUAAAGGCCAUAAACAACUACAAUCCCAAAGACUUCGAUUGGAAUCUGAAGAACGGACGUGUGUUUAUAAUCAAAAGUUAUUCAGAGGACGAUAUUCAUCGCUCCAUUAAGUACUCUAUCUGGUGCAGUACUGAGCAUGGGAAUAAGCGCUUGGAUGCUGCUUACCGGUCCCUGAAUGGCAAAGGCCCGCUCUAUUUACUCUUCAGUGUGAAUGGCAGUGGACACUUCUGCGGAGUGGCUGAGAUGAAGUCUGUUGUGGACUACAAUGCAUAUGCUGGUGUCUGGUCUCAGGAUAAGUGGAAGGGGAAGUUUGAUGUCAAAUGGAUCUUUGUCAAAGACGUUCCCAAUAACCAACUGCGACAUAUUCGCUUGGAAAACAAUGACAACAAACCAGUUACCAAUUCGAGGGACACUCAAGAGGUACCCCUAGAAAAAGCCAAGCAAGUGCUUAAAAUAAUUGCUACUUUCAAGCAUACCACCUCAAUCUUUGAUGACUUUGCACAUUACGAGAAGCGUCAAGAGGAGGAGGAAGCCAUGCGUAGGGAGAGAAAUAGAAACAAACAAUAACUAUAUGGAGAUGUCCUGCUAGAAUACAACACUAAUGAUGUAGACUCUGGAAAUGCCUAAUAUGUCUAAGAAGACGUUAUUAAAGCUUUUUUCUGCUUAAGGUGACAUCUUUGAACACUUUAACACGAAAUUGACUCUUCUUGUAAUGGUUCUCAUCAGUGCAUCUGCCCUUAUACUCUCUCACCAAACACACUUGAGAACUGUACCUUCGUCAAGCACUUUCUGUCCUGAAGCUUUUACCAGUAUCUGCUGUCUUUUGUAUUUAUGCAUCCUAGCUAAGGCACAGGAGACCGAACGAAUGCAAGGAUUCAUUAACUCUUUGAAUUUGUUAAAUACUAACAUUUAACCAUUAGAAGUGGUUCAAUGAUGUGAGAUUCACAUUGCUUCAACUUAAUUUUUUCUUUGUUGUAGUUUUUUUAAUUGUCAGUUUUUAGCUAUUCAACAGAUUAAAAGCAAAUCAUGCCAUAUUUAGUCCUGGAGUAAAACUCAAGUCUAAAUGUUCAUGUGAAAAUUAUUGUAGUAAUCUUUUAAUAUGGCAAAGCAACUUUAAGCUGCAGUUUAGCCAAAUGAAUCGUAACAUGAAAUUAUAAUAGAAUGACAUUUCCCUUGUUUCAAACUGUUUGGUGUAAGAGAAUAUUAAUAUGCAGCUUGGUGGACACCACCAGUUAAUGCACAUUUCUUUAUUUUUUUUCUGUAACAUGUAUACUGAAAAAAGUGCAUUUGUCUGAGGAACUGUUUGUUUGCUACCACUCAAUGAAUCUCAGUUUUGAGUAAAUGUACCUCAGUCUAAAUCAGACUUUUUAUGACCUUUAUAACUACAUUUAAAAUAAUCUUUAAUUCCUAUUUCUGGGUGUUUGCAAGCCUGACAGAUUGCUAUCAUGAAAGUGAAAAUUUACUCCUCUAGGUGAUUCACUAGCUAAAUAAACAUAAUUCUUGUUUAGCAAGCA